AUGGAUGCCGCCGCGGUUGUCAGCCAACGACGUUCCCAGCAGGCCUGCGAUGCGUGCCGCCGCCGCAAAGUCCGCUGCAACGGCCAACCCCGCUGCCAGCAAUGCUCGCACCUGAACCUGAGGUGCAUCUACACCAACUCCAAUCGGGGAUCAUCGAGGAAGCAUGCUCAGGGGAGAGGCUCUGUCAUACAUGCCUACAGAAAAAGUACCAGCAAGUCUCAUUCUCCGAACACGCCUCUCGAAGUCGCCCCUGCUCCAGCUGCUCCACCCACGUCUGCUUUGAGCCCGACCUCAGCUACUUCUCUCGCCAUCUCUCGGACAUCUGCCACAGGGCAUCCAGAUCCUUCAUUCUUCCUGGAAUUUCUUCCUGAAUACCUCUCCGACGUCUAUCCGGUGAGUCCGGUAAUCACCGAAGCCGAUGUUCACGCCUGCGUCCAACGCAUGCACACCGACAAUGAGGCCAUUUCUUUCCUGUAUAUAUUCGCCGCUGUCACCAUAAACCUGGCAAGAGUCGACUUCCUCCAGUGCAUGCCUGGUAUCCGGGAACAAAUAGCAACACUCGUCCAACGAUGUUUCGACCACCGACCGCGGUUUAACAUCGCGCUCAAGCCGACCCCUUUGCAGGUCAUGACCAGCAUCUUCAUCGAGAUCUGUCUGAUGGGCCUUCAGAAGACGGACCUCGCUCUCCUUCACCUGCGCGAGGCCCAAUCUCUGGUCAAAAUGAUGCACAUCGAGGAUGCCGAGCUCAUGAGCAGCUUCAGCGCCCCUGAACGUGCCAAAUGGCAACGCGCCUACUGGGAAUGCUUCAUCCAUGAGCGCUUCUCCGCACUGACGGACUGGGAGCCGGUAAUGCUGGAUCCGCUGCCGAGUCUCCCGGAGCACGAUCCCUUGAUGUCGCCGACGAUCCAGCAUGGCUGGAACUACAUCAUCCAGACCUUCCUCCUCAUCGACCGCAAAUUCGUCGACUUCUGGCGCGGCGACCGGUCGCAGAUCCCGUCAGAGUGGAUCAACAGCAAGCACCGGCAGCUGGACGACGAGCAGUGGCCGCGGUCGGAGCUGGCCCUGCUGCCGGCCAUGCAGCAGGCCGACAUCCUCAUCACGCGGCAGUGGCUGCGCACCAUGCUGUGGCAGAUGGCCAUCUCCAGCAUGCUGCUGAGCAUCGACCCGGCCGAGUCCGACGUCGAAAACGAAGCAGGCGGUGGCGAUGGCGGUGGUGGUAGCAGUCACUUGUCGCUUACGAUGCCACUGCGCCUGUCAAGCGAGCUGCGCCUGUGCAUCACGCACCUCUCGCCCCAGGCCGUCGGCAUCCACGGCAGCGGCAUCCUGCACAAGCUCUUUGAAAUCACGAACUCCAUCCUCGACGUCGUCAUCAACCUGCCGCAAGCGCCGACCGAAGACACGCUGCAGCGCGUCGACGAUAUUCUGUUUUUGAAGAAGUUCCUCUUCUCUUUCCCGCGCAUCGACCCUAAGCAUAAACGCAUUUUGAACCAGAAGUUCGAGAAGAUUAAGGAGCUGUAUCCGGGUAUGGAGGAGAUUCAAAUGCUAGUCGCGUCGCCGCUCAGCACGGUUGCUUCUUGGGAGUAG